CGCGCGCGGCGGCGCAGCAUCAUCUAGAUCCGCCCCUGCUGCUUGAUGCCCCUCGCUGAGCCCGCCCGUCUGCGACCCUGAGGCAACGACGAGGAUGCCUGGCCUAGCCCUACCUGCCCGCGAAGCUGGGGAUAACGGUUAUCCCCAGUCUGCAGACCAGAUGUGCCGUCAACAGUCGAGAUCUCGGUUAUCUCCAGAUGAGCAGCUUGCUGCUGAAGAAAGUUUCGCCUUGUACUGCAAGCCAGUCGAAUUGUACAAUAUUAUUCAACGAAGAUCCAUUAAAAAUCCCUCUUUUCUGCAAAGAUGCCUUCAUUACAAGAUACAUGCAAGCCGGAAAAAGAGGAUUCAGAUAACUGUAUCACUUUCUCGAGGUGCAAAUACUGAGUGGCCAGAACAGAAUGCUUUCCCUCUUUAUGUUCUUUUAGCUACUCCUACCACAAAUAUCUCGCUUGAAGGGCAUUCUCCGAUAUAUCGAUUCAGUCGGGCUUGUUUGCUUACGUCUUUUAGUGAAUCUGGUAAUGAAGAUCACACCAAAGCUACAUUCACUAUUCCAGAUGUCAAGAAUUUAACAACCUCCCGAGCUUGCAACCUUAACAUUAUCCUUAUCAGUUGUGUUUCAGAAGGGCAAGUGGGAGAAAAUAUUGGGGAAAAUAAUUGCACUGGGGACAAUGUGGAAGGCUCUGCUCUCCAAAAGCUUGAAGGCAAAUGUUUCUGGGGUAAAAUACCAAUUGAUUUGCUUGGUUCGUCUUUGGAGAAUUGUGUAACUUUGAACUUGGGACAUACAGUGGAGUUGGCUUCUGCAGUUAGUAUGAGCCCAAGCUUCUUAGAGCCAAAACUUCUAGAGCAGGACAGCUGCUUGACAUUUUGCUCUCAUAAGGUUGAUGCUACGGGUUCAUAUCAACUCCAAGUAGCCAUAUCUGCUCAAGAGGCUGGUGCAAGAGACAUGUCUGAAUCUCCAUAUAGUAGUUACUCAUACAGUGGUGUCCCACCUUCAUCAUUACCACAUAUUAUAAGGUUAAGAGCUGGUAAUGUGCUUUUCAACUUCAAGUACUACAACAAUACUAUGCAAAAAACCGAAGUCACUGAAGAUUUUGCUUGCCCCUUCUGCUUGGUGAAGUGUGGAAGCUAUAAGGGUCUCGGGUGUCACCUGAAUUCAUCGCAUGACCUAUUCCACUUCGAGUUUUGGAUAUCUGAAGAAUACCAGGCUGUGAAUGUUAGUCUGAAGAUUGAUGCCUGGAGAACAGAGCUUGUGGCUGAGGGAGUUGAUCCAAGACAUCAAACAUUUUCCUACUGCUCAAGGUUUAAGAAGCGUAGAAGGUUGGGAACCACAGCUGCGAAAAUAAGCAAUGUGCAUCCCCAUAUCAUGGAUUUGGAUUCAGCUUCACCAAAAGAGGCCCAGGCAGGGUCAGAAAACGACUUUGUGCCGAGGGAGGACGAUGAUAUUUCUGUAGCACGUGCUUCUGUUGAUCCUGCUCACUCAGUACAUGGUAGCAAUCUUUCACCACCUACAGUACUACAGUUUGGGAAAACAAGGAAGCUAUCUGCGGAACGAGCUGAUCCCAGAAACCGGCAACUCUUGCAGAAACGUCAGUUCUUUCACUCUCACAGGGCACAGCCAAUGGCAGUGGAACAAGUUUUCUCAGAUCGUGAUAGUGAAGAUGAAGUGGAUGAUGACAUCGCCGACUUUGAAGAUAGGAGGAUGCUUGAUGAUUUUGUUGAUGUCACAAAAGACGAGAAGCUUAUUAUGCAUAUGUGGAAUUCAUUUGUUCGAAAACAAAGGGUGCUAGCGGAUGGUCAUAUUCCUUGGGCCUGCGAGGCAUUUUCCCGGCUUCAUGGACAACAACUUGUACAGAACACUUCUCUCCUAUGGUGCUGGCGUUUCCUUAUGAUCAAACUGUGGAACCACAGUCUACUAGAUGCCCGUGCCAUGAACACCUGCAACACAAUUCUUGAAGGGUACCAAAAGGAAAGCUUGGAUCCCAAGAAAAUUUGAGGCAAGCAAAGUGCAUUGGUACUGCUUUUGGGUGGCCAUUCCUUCAAACCAAAUAGAUGUUUGGAGGAAGCUUUAAGAGCAGCUUAAACAGAGGCAAAAACUUCACCUGAGGCCAUUGCGUCAUUGAGCACAGUAUCCGAUUCUAUUUAUUGAUCAAUCUGUUGAAAGCUGUAAAAAUCUGGAUGGGAUGUGUUUACAUGAAUUGUUGUUCGUCAUAUACUGCGGUGUGGGCAUGUUCUUUGAUUUCAGGGUCUUAGAACUUGUAUGUAUGUUGUAUGGUCUGCUGACUUGAAUAAGUGUUCCCAUGGCUUUUCACUAUACGAGACUGUUAAAGAUCCCU